AUGAAGAAAGACCUGGAGGCAUUCAAGCAGACUAUCAGUUCCAAGGAUAAAGACAGGGACUCCAAGAUCAAAACCCUGGAAAACGAAAAUGCACGUCUCAAAGGCCAGGUCACACAGCUCCAGGGCACGGUCCAAAAUGCAACUAAGGAAAUCUCCUCCCUGACCAACUCGGUCACAGACCUCAAGAGAGAAAAGGCCGACCAGAACAAGGUCGCUUCUUUGGAGCAGCAGGUGAAUUCUAACUCCAAUGCUCUUAAAAAUGCUCUUUCCAUUUCAACCGUUGUUACCAAGCUUCAAUCCGAGAUGAAGGAGUCGAAGUCGAUAUGGGACGAUGUGAAACGUCUCAGAAAGGAUAUGAAUACUACCACGGAUCCGCGAAAGAGGAUAUUCCCUACUCCGGCCGUUGACGCGAACGCGAACGGACGUGUCGAGGUGCUUCAGAAGAGCGUAGAUGCACUAACACAGCGCAUCGAGAAUCAACCAGCUCCCUCGAACUUCUCGAACUUACAAAAAGAUUUCGAGAAGAUGAAAAAGGAUUCCGAGAAGCUGAAAGAGGAAUUCAAAAAGGCCAAAGACGAGAGUAGCAAGGUGCUCGACCGUCACGAGAAGGAGAUCGAACGUCAUGACGAAUGCAUUGAUAGGCAUGAACGCGAUCUUAGGGCUGAUAACAAUCGCAUAAAUGAGGUCAACCAGGACCUCAGCAACCUCCGCGAUGACUUGACCAAACUCAACAAGAAGGUGAGAGAAAUCGACCUCGACCUUGAAGAUCUAGAAUGGGAAGUCAAGAAACUUCCCAGGGCUAACUUCGACGCUUCUGAAAAGAUGGAAGGAGAAGUCAAGAACAAACAGGCCGAAUUCGCGAAAAUCCGAGACACGGUACUCCGUCACGAUGAAGAUAUCAAGUCGCUUAAUGCCAAAGUGGCAAAGAUACCCGAGAAAUCCAUGCCGGAUAAUAGCGCGGCAUUGUCAGUCAGACUAGAUCAUGUGGAAGCCAAGCAGGACACCCAGCAGAACUCCAUCAACACGGCAGCACAAAAAAUCAAGACUCUGGAAAAGGAUACCAAGAAUCACAAAAACACUAUGGACGAUAUCAAGCGCAAGUCUGAUCAGAAGCACACCUCCUUGUCUAAAGUGGUUGACGGGCUCCAAAAACGGGUUAACACCAUAGAUGAUGAACAGUCUGCUCUGCAAGAAAAGGUUGACAGUAUUGACACUACACUCGAAAGGGCAGCAGACACGGAAGGCCUGCAACGCGACGUGGCUUUGCUCAAAUCUAACCAUGAAGCCCACACAGCAUCCAUCAAGAACCUUGAUCGGAUCUUGCACGGUGCUGAGGUGAUGACUAACUCGGAGAGUGCUAGCUUAGUUCAGCAGCUGAUCGACUUGAAGAGCACUGUCCAUGCUAUGGGACAGUCAUACGAAAAUCAGCCAAGAAGCAAUUCCGCACCUGCACAACAGUCCGGUUCUGCUCAGCAGACUUCUUCCCCACGUCUUGGCGUGUUAGAAAAGCGCGUCACGCAGGUCGAACGAGAUCAUGCUAGCAUGAAGAAGGACAUCGGUGCAUUGAGGAUAGAUAUCGACGGCUUUGAGGAGGCGGUAGCUCAGCAGUCUGAACUCAUCGAGGAGGAUGUCAAGCAGCGAGUUAGGCAUGAAGUCGCAACGGCCAUGUCUUCAGCUCAUCAACCGGCACCACAAACACCCGAGAACGUCAAACACAUGAUCGAGGAGUCUACAGGCAGAAUCAGGAAUGAAAUGCAGGAACUGCGCCAAGACGUGGCAAGGAGAUCAGCCACUCCAAGGGUUCAAGAGGUUGAAGAUGCCAUCUACUCGAGGUUGGAACAAUCGGCUUCCAGAGUCGUAGACAACAAGCUCGACGACUUGAACAAGAAGCUUGACGGCUCGUACGAGAGGUAUAAUCUCCUCAGCGACCAUCUCGCGGCACUAUCGAAACUGCUCGAACAAAGAUGCCCGCCUGGGUACUCAGACAUACUAGCGGACCUCGUCAUGUUCAGCGAGACGCAGGGAAGGCCGUCGAACUUUUUCUGGGCAACUAUAACCGCCAUACGUGACCUGCAAAGUCGAUUCGAUAACUUGCAGACUCGGGAGCUUGCUGUGUGCAUACUGAAUGGACUGAUGCCACACAUCAACCAAAAGCUCGUCCAGCCGCUCAGCCAAACGCUGCUGGAGCCCAUUCGUAAUUCCAUUGCUGCAAACAUUGGCAACGAAUUCAAGGGAGACGUUAAAGACGUGAGGGCGAACGUCGAACUGGUCAAACGCAAGAUCAGGGACAUUGAGAGCUCCAGCAAACAGAAGUUUGACGAUCUCGACCGCAGGGUCAACACGCAGACUCCAGCAAGCGACACAGCAGUCCAGGACGAACUCAGGAGGCUGUCGCAGGAGUCCCACCGCUCCUGCGCAGUCAUCAACGAACGGAUCGACAAAGAAAUACGCACGGCGACCGACGGCAUCAGGAACCUCUGGACCACCGUCAACGCCCUCAGCGCGGAUUACGAGAGGGACAAGCCCGUCAUCUGGGAGCAGCUCAGGGAGCACCGCGACAACAUCGAGCGCGCCCAGGAGGACUUUGGCGGAAUCCAGGUCUGCGUCUGUCGCCUCGCGAAGAAGGUGGAUCCGAACUUGGUGCCCCAUUCCUGGUUCGAGAUGUACGAGACUUGA